AUGUGGGAUAAUAUUAUUCCACGGAACGAGACGAAACUUGGACGUAAUGAAUCCAUGUAUAAUUAUUUGUUUCCACCGGAAAUUUCCGUUCAAAAGCUGCAAUGGAACCCUAAUAUCACAGCGGGAACAUGGCUCGCAUCAGGGGGAGCGGCGGGGUUGUUACGCGUUGAAUGUGCAGACAAGAAUGAAGAAUGA